AUGGCUUCCUCACCAAAAUUUGUGUGCCUCUUUUUUCUUCUUACAAUCUUAGUUUGCUCAAUCCAAACCUAUGCUAGAGAUAGCCAAUUCUUUAGCAAGGUUACUCGAAACCGCGACGAUGCCACCCCCACCACAACCAUCAACCCAAACACUAACAACAACUACUUCACCAACAACAAAGUAGAUGAUUUUGUACCAUUAAACAAGCUAGAAAAGAAGGAUGAACAACCCGUUUUCCUCCCUCAAACCACCGAAACCGGUUACGGCCUAUACGGGCUCGAAACCGGCCUAGAUGCCCCUUCUACCACCACCACCACCCCAAAUACCUUGUACAACAUGGAUGAAAACAACAACCAAAAGUACGAGAAUUUCAACAACUACUACAAGAACAACAAUAAUGAAAAUAAUUAUGAGAAGAAUUACACACCCGAGUUGAAGGGUUUAUCCGGUACUACCUACGCCGAAAAGACUCCAAUAUCAUAUAACAAUUUUAACGAUGAAGGAUUGAGUUACAACAACGGUAAGGACUAUGGUGCAUCAUUUAGGUACAAUAAUGGUGCGGUGGAGAAACAAGGAAUGAGUGAUACAAGGUUCGUUGAAAAUGGGAAGUAUUUCUAUGAUCUUAAUGCUGAAAAUAAUAAUAAUAAUAAUAAUAAUGUUGAAAAAUAUUACUAUGAUGUUGAUAAUGUUGAGAAUAAGUAUAAUAAUGGAAACAAAGAGAGUAAUUAUUACGAAGAUGUUUACAACAACAACAAGUACAACAACAACAACAACAACAACAACAGGUUCUUCAAUGGAAAUGGCAAGCAAGAGGAGUUUGAUUUUGAUCAACCUUAA